AUUAGAAGUUCUGGGAGAUUGGGUAUCAUAUUUUAUUUCUUAAAAAUCAUAGAGACAAAGUAUGAAGCUUAGUUGUUGUAGCUCGAAAAUUAUUGCUGAAGGAAUGUCUGAAUUAAAGCUGAAAGUUACUGAAAGUUAAGGUGUGGUAUGGGAGGUAGUAAAGUGAAGGGAAUUUUAGUUUGAAGAGCUAUUAACAGCAAAAGCAGGUGGAUCUCUUGAGUUCUAGGCUAGGUGUACAAAUUGAGUGUGGGACAGUCAGGGCUACACAAAGAAACCCUGUCUCAAAAAGCUAGAAAGGGCUGGAAGCUGGAAGCUCACGCUAUUAAUCCUAGCACAGAUAGGCAGGUAGAUCUCUAUGAGUUCCAGGCAAGCCUGAUCUACAUCAAGUUCCAGGACUGCUAGGGCUACACAGAAAAACCUUGUCUCAAAGAAAAAACAAAACAAAACAAAAAACAGCUAUAAAGGAAGCCAAGUGAAGAAGUACAUUCCUGUAAUCCUAGCACUUGGAAGGUAGAGGAAGAUCAGAAGUUCCAUUCCACUACAUAGUGAUUUGGAUGCCAGCCUGAACUAUAUGAGACUCUACCUCAAAAAAUUGCCUAGCAUGAGCCAAGCCCUCCUGGAUCCCCAGUACCAAAUAAAGAAGGUGGGAGUCAAUCACUUUGACAAGUCUCCUAAAAGGAACAGCCAGCAGGAGUUGAAACCUUUUUCCAUUUGGUCUCGUGGCAAAGGCAGAUUGCUCCAGCAGCUCCACACAAUAUGACGUGCUCACUCUUACCCUCUGAACAGUCUUCUGGUACUUCUUUUCUGCCUAAAGACAAUGCCUCAUUUUCUUGGGGUUCCUCGGAUGAAGAUGAGUUGAAUGACUCCUUGUUGGAGUUUUCUGAUGGAGAAGAAGAUGAUGGCCAUUUCAGUUUCACAGAGGAAGAGAUUGAGAUGCUUUUGAAGGACGAUGAUGGUGGGCAUAAUGAGUAUAGAUCGAGAAAGAGUCAAAUUCUACCCGAUACUCCUCAAGAAAAUUCUUUGUACAGCUUGGGAUCUUCAGCUGAAACCCCUGGCUUCCUCAAACUACCUCAACUAAGUACAUCAGUUGGUCAUGGACCAACUCCUAGUAAAUCAUUAAACAGACACUUUGUACUUGAAAAGAAUCUUAUAAAAGUAACUGUUGUUGCACCAUUUAAUCCAACAGUUUGUGAUCCUGUGCUUGAUAAAGACAAGAUUGAUUCCUCCAAAGAAACAGAAAAACCUGCCUUCCUUCGGGAACAGACGAGAGAAGAUGAUCUUCAUCUUAAUGAGAAUAAACAUUGCACUGAACCUGAAGGGGUCAGUCCCAGUAACUCUGCUUGGGAUGGGCCCCUGCUUUCUUCUCCUUCAAACAAUAAUAUCGAACAAAAUGCCUCCGAUAAAAAUAUACCUGAAAGUAAGAAACCUACCCCUGUGUUCUCUCAGAUCUCCAACCAUUCAGAGGUACCCAACAGGAAAAAUAGUGGAUCACACAAAUCAGGUUGUGAAGUGAGAAUUCCAGUUGUGUCCAGUUCAUCAAACAGACAUGCCUUUGACAAGGAUUCUGGGGAGGCGAAAGGUGAGAGAAGACUAGGCAAAGUCAUUCCUGUUCUACAAACCAGAACCAGGAUGUUUUCACAAUCAGAUCUAGAAAAACAGAAGGACAUUUAUCUCAGCAAAGUCAUUGCUCAUAUAGAAGACCCAGGGGACUCUAACCAAGGAACCUUAGGAGAGCUAGAUGCCCUGAUGGAUCAAGUUCAUAUGCAGAACCCAGACUGGCAGCAUCCUUCAGAUCUUACCACACGAAAUUAUGCCCGGUUCCGACAGAGACCUCUGCAGAGAUACAGUCUGAGUCAGUGGGUUGACAGAAACAAGCGAAGCCACCAUCGUUUCCAGCGUCUCCCAGACUUCUCUUACAGCCCAUACGUUUCAUCCCAUCAACAGUGACAGUUCCUACUAAGGGUCCAGUCACAGCAGCAUCGUAUUUUCCUCUGCUAUUUUUGUUUGUAUAUUUUGAGUUUUAUUUUUCACAAGAUUUUUAUUUAAAGAAUUUGUCACCUUUUGGAAAUGCCCAUUACUGUCUUGAUUUUUUUUUUUUAAUGAGAACCACCUCCCAUCCCGUUUGUGUGUCUGUCUGUUGUAUAUGUUUCAGCAAUGCUUAAGUAGUGUUUUUCUGUUUGUUCUUUGUUGUUGUUGUUGCUGUUUUUACAUUUUAAAUGAAGGUAAUUCCCUUAUGAAGGCCUGUGUUAAGUCAGAACAUCCAGGCUUUUAAGUAAAUUCCAGCUGUAAGCGCAGGCAGAGGCUACUUGUACUACCCGAAAGAAAUAUUUCAGUCUACUGUAAGGAAGAGAGGUGGCUUUGCAGGCUAAGAGCCGGUGUUACUGUUGUUGACUUGUGAAUAGAUAGAAGUCACUGUUAACAACCCCUCUUUUUAAAUUUAAGUUUCUUGAAUACUUGUCAGUAUUUUAAUGUUGCCAAUUCAGUACAUUUGAAAUAGGAUAGAGAAGGAGAAAAGUUCUGUUGAAAGGAUAGAUUAAAAAUGUAAAUCUUCUCCUUUCUGUACCCAUUAGCUGCCUUUUAAAAAAAUUAUUAUUAAUGGCUUAUUCUCUGUUUAAUAUGUUCGUUCAUAAUGUUUGAAAUCUUACACAUCUUAACUGACAGAAGACAACUGAUUAAUCCUUGUUGAA